AUGAAUCCCAGCACUACUGGCAAUCCGAACUAUCCCGUGGCGUCUCUGUACGUCGGUGAUUUGGCAGCUGAUGUCACUGAAGCUAUGCUGUUCGAGAAAUUCAGCACAGUCGGUCCUGUUUUAUCCAUCCGAGUUUGCCGUGAUAUCGUUACCCGUCGUUCGCUUGGUUAUGCUUACGUGAAUUUUCAACAACCGGCUGCUGGUGAGAAUGAAACUUGAUUUAGGUUUUCUAAGUUGAAAUCGGAUGUUUGACAUCCAUGUACGCGAAAUUUAGUUUUUAAUUUGAUCGUCUGUUCAUUCCGUAGCGGAGAGAGCCUUAGAUACCAUGAAUUUUGAUCCGAUCAAGGGACGACCUUGUCGAAUCAUGUGGUCUCAGCGCGAUCCUUCUCUUCGCAAAUCUGGUGUCGGAAACAUUUUCAUCAAGAAUCUUGACAAGAGUAUCGAUAACAAGGCUCUUUAUGACACCUUCAGUGCUUUCGGAAACAUCCUCUCUUGUAAGAUUGCCAACGGAGAAGACGGAAACUCAAAGGGUUAUGGCUUUGUACAUUUUGACGACGAGGAUGCUGCCGAGAAUGCAAUUGCUAAAGUUAAUGGCAUGUUGCUUAAUGACAAGAAAGUGUAAGUAAAUCUGUUCGAUCUUUAUUUUCGUUUUCACAGCCAUUGCCAUCAAGUUUUACUCAUACAUAAAUAUAAAGCACAGUUUACAGCAAACCAUAAGUACACAGAUCAACGAAACAUUGGGCAAACCUUCGAGAAAUUAAUUUUGACUUUUUUUGUUGGUUUCAUGACGGAGAUAACACGUUAUCUUUAAAAUAAUAGGUAUUCAAGGUAUUGAAGUGUAGCAUGGUCAAGAAGAACUAGUACACCUUUUUAUUUGUACUUUUUAGCACUUAUUCAAGGGUUUGAAACAAUGAAACUUGCGGUUGUUAGGGUUGUUCAAAGACUAGUUAUUGUCAUGAUACAAGUGAAAUUUAAACAAUGGCUUCCUCACAACUCGUGGUGGGUGGAGAAAUCCGGUUAUUGCGAAAGAGGCAUCUCAACAAGAUACAUGGAAUACCAAGUUUACAAAUGUAGCUUGCGUUAAUCACAUUUCCCAUAGCUUGUGAACUAAGAAUAAUCCUGUUCAUUACCAAAGUUGUUAUCAGUUCAACUCCACCCCAUGUUCUUUUUAUUAUAUCUGAGGGUGGGUGUCUAUCAUCUACGAGAAGUAUGUCCUGACUGAUUUUUCUAAGUUUGGUUUUUAUUAAACAGCUACUCUGCAAUUUUGUAGAUUUAAAAAUAAUAUGGCUGUGGGCUCGUGAAGUUCCUAGGACUUUUAAGAACAAGGGCCAUGACCAGUAUGUCAAGAUCACUUCUGAUGCAGUCAUAAGUUAACAACAAGCUUUGUAAUUACCGAUUUAAUCUUACAACCAGGGCAGAUUUUUUCAAGACAUGUUCAUUUUUAAACAAUUUUUCUCUGACUGAUUGAUAGUGAGGAAAUAGAUAGAAUAUUGCAAUGCAAUGUAAUUUUGUCUUUAACUGGAUAUCUUGAUCUAAGACAUUAGUAUUCACCAAAAAAUUCAGGUCUUCUUGUGUUGCCCUGAGCUCAUAUAAGUACCCAAACUACAAUGAAGGGGGCAAAGUAAUUGUUUUAUUUUAAAUGUAAAUUUCCCAAUUCUAGUUUUGCCACCAAAUGGAUGUCCCGAAGAGAGCGUCUAGAAAAACUAGGAAACCAACCAAAGAAGUUCACCAAUGUAUACGUCAAGAAUUUUGGUGAAGACAUGACUGAUGAGGGGUUCAAAGAGCUCGUUGAUGAAUUUGGAAAAAUUCUGAGUCUCAAGGUGGUUAUUAAUGAUCAGGGACGUUCCAAGGGAUUUGGUUUUGUCUCCUUCGAAACACCAGAAGAAGCUCAAGCAGUAAGUGAUCCGUUGACGCUUGUUAGCUCAUUUGCAGGCUUUUAGACAUGUAGCCAGCCAUCUUAUGGAUGGCCACUUUCUUGGAGAAUAUCAAAUAAGUGGAGAUCUUAGUGACUUUCAGUCAUUUAUUUCAUAAUAUUUUAAUUGAGGGAAAAACUAGUAAAUACAACUGACUCUCUCACUAUUGGAAAAAGGGGUCAAAUUUCAAUCAAAUUUAGGGGGUUUUUUGCAGAGAAAACAAUAUAUUUUGCAUUCAAGUAUGAUAUUAAAAAUCAUGAUCGUGGACAAGUUUAUCAGGGGAGACAAGCCCCUAGAAAAAUCAGGAUGGAAACUUUUUGAAUCCGCCUACUUAAAUGACUACUUUGUUCAGGUCCCUUUAGUUUUGAAAAGGGAGAUAUAGUGCAUUUUGUCAACACUUAUUGGUUGGAGCAAUGCAUCUGUUGGAUAGUGUUAUUUGUUUGAUCAAAGAGAUGAAUAUGGGUAAACAUGCUGGGAUAUUCAUCAGCAGGUGACAUCUAUCCCUAGAGGCAAACAGUUUUCCUAGAGAAAAGCAUGCUUCUGACAUUGUUUUUGAUAAUUCUUCAAAUAUUUUUUUCUAGCUUGGCAAAGUAUUUACCUCGAGCAAUUCUGUGAAAAAUGCUUACAGCUAAGUGCAAGUUUCGUGGGUGGUGCCUUGUUCAGGUCCCAGUAGUUUGAAAAGGGAGAUAGUGCUGUCCAACAUAUAAAAAUUGCUAUUUGUUUGAUAAGAGAUGAAUAUGGGUAGUACCCUAUCCACCAGGUAGAGAUUUACCUAGUGCAUAGGGUCAUCCACACCUUUAGCUGUUCCAGUAUUAGCCACUUGGCUUUAGUGCGGGCUUUUCAUGUGAUGACUAUGUAUAACUAAGCAUCCACUCUUCACAAUUUGCAGUGUGUUGAUAAACUUAAUGGAAAAGACUGGAAUGGACAAAAGCUUUAUGCAGCUAGAGCACAGAAAAGAGCUGAAAGACAGAUGGAUUUGAAGUCUCAGUUUGAGAAGAGGAAGAUUGAGCGUAUCAAUCGUUAUCAGGGUGUCAACUUGUACGUGAAGAACUUGGAUGACACCAUUGAUGAUGUGCGCCUUCGUGAGGAAUUUACUCCAUAUGGAACCAUCACCAGUGCUAAAGUAAUGAUGGAUGAGAAGAACAAUUCCAGGGGUAAGUUGCUGUAUCAUGCUCAGGUCUCUAGAGAUAAAAGACAGUGACAUUAAUGUUUCUGUUUUUUGGGGUUUGGGUUAUUGUAGACAGUUGACCUAACUGAAAAGUAGUUUCAUUUCUAAAUUCAUCUGGUCUAAAGAGUGUCUUUAAAAAGUUCUGUUAGUGGACUUAUUUACUUGAUUGUUGUACACAGUUCAAGGCCAAUUUUCCUUCUCCCUUUUGUCUUAGCUUUAUCAUUCACCAUCAUUCACCUUUGUUGAACACAAAAUGUAUUUGUUGGUAUCAAAAUUCAAUCUGGAUAAGGGUUUAUGGUCAUUUCAAUGUUGUGUGCCAAGCAAUGUCUCAACUUUGAUUUUUGGUCAUUAUUCCUAGGUAAUCAAUGUUUGACACUUGUUUUUUCUCAUUACAGGGUUUGGUUUUGUGUGUUUCUCUGCUCCUGAAGAGGCCACCAAAGCUGUAACUGAGAUGAAUGGAAGGAUUCUAGUAUCCAAGCCUUUGUAUGUAGCCCUUGCCCAGCGCAAGGAGGAGCGGAAGGCUCAACUUGCAGCGCAGCAUAUGCAACGUAUUGCUGGUUUGAGAAUGCAACAGGUAUGGUAUGACAAAGUGACUAAGUACUUUCUAUCUGUUGUUUAGUAGAGGUUCCUUCAUGUGAGCCCAGGCAAUCUUGGUGUGUAUUAAGGUUCUGGGUUGCAUCACCAGUCUUUUUCCUUUGUAAGAUUUUAAUGAGUUGAUAUAAGAAGACUUUUCAGCUGGUCUUUGAAAUCUUGCAUUUUUUGAGAGGUAUUUUUUGAUCAGACUAAAAGAUUCCCUGAACAAUGAAGCUUGUUUACUGGAACAAAAGUAGAAAGAAGGUACCCAGGUCAUCUUGACAACCAGACUGAAAUUUUCCUUUGAAUUUUUAUCUCAGGAAAGUUUUCAAUUUAAAGGAAGAAAUAGCUUGUCCAGCUUGGUGGGCCAGCUAAACUCCCACUCUUGUUGUGGAAAAUGUGAAUGAGUUAUGGUUCUGAAAAGUAUCUUAAGAGUUAAGAUUACCAGUCACUGACUCUUACCUUCUCAAGUCCUCUAAACCUUGACUUGAAUAAGUUAGGAGUCUUUACCACAGGCUCCAUUUUAUUUUUACGUAUUUUCCUAUAUAAACAAUAGUUAAGUGCAAGGACUGAUGUCUGAUCAUGUCCAAGGGAAGUGUGGUUCACUGCCCAGCGGUUUAUUGUUACACCCUUGUCAUUUCUGGGUGUGGACAAUUGAUAAUGGGCAGAAAGUUUGCCUGUGCUUCUGCGAUAGAUUGCUAUGUAAACCUGGCACUCUGUUAGUCCAAUUGCAGGAAAAUUGUCUUAAACGUAAUUGUUUGGUUAUUGUCUAAGCUGUCAUAUCUGGGCCUUGUUCUCAGCAUGGCUACAUGUUUCUGAUUCAUGGAACUGUCAUUGUUAACUUCCACUUGUGCUUUGGAAACAUCAUUAACUCUUUUUUUAAGAGCCACUUUAGCUUGGAUGAUCAGACAACAUGAUGAUCUGUUUCUCCUGCAUAUAGACUGUAUCUGGUUUAGUUUUGUUCAUAUAAUCUCUCUUUCUAUGCAGGCGGCUGGUCAGCAGGUUGGACAGGUUUUUCCUCAAGCAGGAGCAUUUUACAUGCAGCCUUUGGCUCAGGUAAUGAGACUUGGCAUAAUGCAAGUGAAUAACAGGCUGUCUUGUCUUGAUAUUGUUGAGAUGGUAAUUUGGAGGGGAGCAUGGAACAGGGACCUGAGUGAUGUUUCAUAAAACCAAAUACAAGACAAUUGGAAAACAAAAGAAAUGUCAGAAGUCACUGGUUUUUUUUUUUGUUUUUUUUUUUUUCUUUUCAAGCACUCUUUCAUUUGAUAGUUGCAUUAAUUUCAAAGGCUUAAGACUAAAAGAUGAAGAGAAGGAUUUUUUAUCAUUCUGAACCACAGAAUGCUUUAGUUAGGAGAAGUACCCAGUAGAUUUUAAAGGAGCUGGCUGGCUUAACCCUUAAUUUCCCCAAGGUAGUGAAAUGUAACUUCAAACAACGUUAACACAUUAUCCAGAAAAAAACAAUCAUUUGUACUUGCAAACUUAUCAGCAAGAGCAUGUUACCUUGGUAUGACACUUCAUGCACAAAAAGUAAGACUGGUAGAAGGGAGAAUUGCUAAUUAGACAUUAGAAUAUCAGUUUAGGAAGACUUUGAUUUAAUGAUAAAAAAGAUGCUAAUGUGAAUGUUUUUUCUUUCUUUUUUUUUUCUCACCAAAGGCUGGGCAGCGCCCCUUCUUUCCACCACAAAUGCAACAAGUACGCCCUCGAUGGCAGCCAAUGCAGCCACAGCAGCAAGUGCGACAGCCUGGGAUGCAAGGAAUGCCAGGAGCAGGACAGGUUCCACGUGCCAGAGGCAUCCGUCAGGUUCCACCCAGAGGAGUGCCUGGCCAGCAGCAGACUGCAGGGGCUGGAGGGCCCAACCAGCGUGUGGGAGGAGGCAUGGGCCAAGCACAGCAGGUACGUGGUCCUGGCAUGCAGGGUCAGGGCCAGAGACCUACCUACAAGUUCCAGCAGAAUGUUCGUAACCAGCCAGCUCAGGGACACCCUGCAGGAGUGGCCAUGCAACCACAUGAUCAGGUUCAACAGCCCAUCACUAUCCCAGUGAGUAUCUUGUUUAAAUGUUUUUUCCUUAUCAAGUCUUCAACUUGGGGUAAUAAUCUUUUAGAAGAAAACAUUGAUGUCUCACUGUUGAUUUUUCAAAGCUUAAAGGGUAAAAUUGUUUUUUUUCUCUUUGUGGAGGAAAGAUAUUGAAGGCCGAGAUGAGGAAAAAUUUUGAGAGAAAUAGGUCGUUUAAUUGCUCCCCUGUACUUAACAAUUUUUUAUCCAGCAUUAACUGUACAAUGUUCAAAUGCCCUUGGGUUUGGGUUUCUUCUCCUUUUUUUAUAUACUAAGUUGUAUGUACCAUCACUUCUCUUAGUUGGAUUUAAUUUAACUUGUGUUUACUGAUUUACAAACUAUCGUGUAUAUGUUAUUUAUUGAUUAUUUGGACCCUUCUCUUUUUAGGGACAAAACUCCAUUGAUCCGAGCCAGCUUGCUGCAGCCUCCGCUCAGGACCAGAAACAGAUGUUAGGAGAGCAUUUGUUCCCACUGAUCCAGCUCACCCACCCUGACCAAGCUGGAAAGAUCACUGGCAUGUUGCUGGAGAUUGAUAAUGCUGAGUUGCUGCAUAUGUUAGAUUCACGGGAGGCACUGUCCGCCAAGAUUCAAGAGGCAGUGUCCGUGUUGCGUGCCCAUAAUGCCAAGGAAAAGUCCACCGAGAUGAAGAACUGA